GUUCCUUCACGGUCCUUACUGUUCGUUCUGUUUCAGCUUAAACAUUUUUGUUGGGAGCAGCAAGCUGGACGACGCUGUGGCCCAACCGUAGACAAUGGUUUAUCGUAUUGUAACUAUACUAUUGUUGCUACACCGUGGUGCUGGUGAUGAAUAUGACGACACAACUUGUGCACUGCUGCAGUACCUGCAGAUUGACGACGUAGACUGCGGUCUGUAUGACACGCUCGACAACCUGCCAGCCAACAGUUGCACGAGGGAGUGUGUGGCUGGGGAACCUCGAGUGUGUUACUAUCAGUUCACCGUUGAAGAAUAUUCUGCUAUGGGCCAAGCUUGUGAGGAUUGCCUAACCAAUGUAACUGAUUGCUACAAUCCGGGAUGUGUGACAGCUGAUGGAUUCGAGAGAUGUCUGUUGACUACAAACAGGCGCUUGCCAGGUCCUUCCAUUCAGGUCUGUGUUGGUGACCGUAUCAUAGUGGAUUUGGUAAACAUGUUGAAAGGUAAAAGCACCACGAUCCAUUGGCAUGGAAUUCGACAGAAGGAUUACAAGUUCAUGGAUGGAGUUCCUUUUGUGACGCAAUGUCCGAUUCACCAUUCCGAAACCUUCCGCUAUAACUUUAUAGCCGAUGCUGCUGGCCUCCAUUUCUACCAUUCACAUGAAGGCCUUCAGAAGGUAGAUGGUCUCGUAGGAGGUUUAGUAGUACGUCGGCCGCGAGAUGAAGACCCAAACGGAAAUGAAUACGACUUCGACCUGCCUUCUCACUUGAUCGUCAUACAAGACUGGCACCACCUAUCAGCUGAUGCAAUGUUUCCUGGGCUCAAAUAUAGGUCAGACAGUCAGAUGGCGCAGACCUACCUGAUCAACGGAAGAGGACAGUGGUUGAUGACUGACGGAUACAGGCUCGCCAACACUCCUCUCUCUCAAUUCAAUGUUGUGCAAGGAAACCGAUAUGUGUUUCGUAUUGUAGCUGCAACCUGUUUCGAAUGCCAGUACAUCUUCACCAUAGAAAAACAUGACUUGGUUGUAAUUGGCGCGGAUGUCCACUCCACAAAACCUUACAGAGUUGACAGUCUUACUAUGUCACCAGGAGAGAGGUACACAGUUGUAGUGAACUGUAACAGAUCCAUCGACUCCUACUGGAUACAAGUGAGGACAGUGGGGUUCUGCAGUGACAUGGCGGCGAACCAAGUGGCGGUUCUCACCUAUGAGGGAGCGAGCCGUUCUCCCUCUUCAAAAGCCCCGUCCUACGACGUGACCGAAGUCAACGACCCUGGUUUGACCAUGGGUCCAGUAAACUCCAUGUGCACUGAAGAAACCCGAGUUACGGACGGACCCUGUGUUUCUCAUCUUCGAAGCGCCACCGAAUCUUCUUAUGACAUAUACAAGUCCGAGCCAGAUGAAAGGAUUAUAAUGGCCUAUGGAUUCUACCCCUAUGACGAUAACUUAGUAAACCUUACACGGGCGAAAAAGUUCACCACCUUUUUACAAACUGCAAAUAUUGCUCUUGGUGCUACUAUUAACGGAAUCAUCAACAAGUAUCCUCCUUCUCCACUCCUCUCACAGUUCUGUGACAUACCACCUAGCAUGCUUUGCUCUGCUGAUGCGCCCAGCACUUGGAACAAUGUGUUCAGAGAGUGCGUUCACAUAGUCAAAGUUCCAGCCAACAAGACUCUCGAGAUAAUUUUGCUUGCUGUUGGCACGUACGAUCCGGAAGGAAUAUCGCACCCUACGCAUCUGCAUGGCUACGACAUGCACGUUAUAGAAAUGGGUGUUCUGAACCAAAGCUUAUCAUUUAACCAAUCUGUCGUCCAGCUGUUUAAAUCACUUGUCUCCGAAGACCGAAAUGACAUACCAACGGAUACUGUUACGAAGGAUGUUGUAGCUCUUUCCGCUGGGGGAUACUUAAUAGCCAGAAUAUACACUGAUAAUCCAGGAUUUUGGUUUUUCCACUGCCAUUUUGCCUAUCACUUGGAUGCUGGAAUGAGUGGGGUUUUGCAGGUAGGAGAGGUAGAUACGUUUCCUGAACCUCCUGCUGGGUUCCCGAGAUGUGGAAGUUUCCUGCCCCCAUUAUAAGAGACUUACAUUUCCUUUACGCAGGGUUUAAACAUUAACCGAUGUAUUUGUAAAUUUACCUAGAAAUAAAUCUUAUUACAAUAAA